AUGUUACUUGAUAUCUUGUUAUUUCUAAUCAAUGCCCACUGUGUAUUAACUGUAACUAAUGGGUAUGCUCCGGUGAGAGUAAAGUGUCCCAGUGGAAAGCUCACCAGGUCAGCCUCAACAGGUCUUAAUGAGAACGAAUUAACCUACAUGCAUUCCAGAUACCCAAUUGCAAAACUGAAUUUGGCAAACUACUUACAAUCGGCCAAAUUGGUUGACUUUAAUGUAACGUCUUUCUUAGAUGAGACUAAUCCCACAAUUGGUAUAGCAUUCUCGGGUGGAGGAUAUCGUGCGCUUUUGACAGGAGCAGGAGAGUAUGCCGCUUUGGAUUCUAGAACACAUAUUCUACAAGGUACUGGUCUCGGUGGAAUAUUGCAAUCAAGUAGUUAUAUUACCGGGCUAUCUGGGGGCGCAUGGCUAGUUGGUUCAGUGGCGAGCAAUAAUUUAAUUAGCAUUGACGAACUUAUCCACAAUAAUACCUUGUGGCAGACGGCAAACUCGAUCUUGAACUACUUUGAUGAUAACAUCGUUGAGCAAUUGCUAAUGUGGAUCGAUAUAGGGGAACAAGUGAAAGCCAAGCAAGAAGCCGGUUUUGGCAUAAGCAUCACUGACGUAUGGGGCAGAGCUUUAAGUUACCAGUUCUUGAGCAAUAAGAAGCAAUAUGGAGCUGGAUAUCGAUUUAGUGAUGUUAUGAAUGAAACAAAUUAUCGCAACCAUUAUGCACCAUUCCCUAUUUUGUUAGCAGUUGGUAGGGUUCCCGAUACAACCAUUGCUAAUUUAAACAGUACCGUGUUUUCAUUCACUCCAUUUGAGGUAGGAAGUGAGUCACCCUACUUGAAUUCUUUUGUGGAGACAGAAUCGAUCGGUACAUUAUUGGAUAAUGGGUUCCCCCAAAACUCCUCUUGUAUUAAUGGGUUUGACAAUGCUGGUUUUUUCAUGGGAACUUCUUCAUCGUUGUUCAAUGCAAUUAUCCUAUCAAUUGAUAAUUCUUCAUUGCCUGAUUUCUUGAAGGAUUUCAUUAAUGACAGCAUAAUCGAUCCGAUAAUUAAAUCAAACAUUGAUGUGGCAAAGUACAAUCCAAAUGCAUUUUACAAAAGUCAAGACCCAGAAACACCAAUUGAGUCAUCAAAGACUCUAUAUUUAGUGGAUGGGGGUGAGGAUGGUCAAAAUAUACCCCUUGUGCCUUUAUUGAAGAGAAAUUUAAGUGUGGUAUUUGCAUUUGACAAUUCUGCUGAUGUAUCUGGCUUGCCCGAUGGCACAAGCAUGGUGAAGACAUAUGAACGUCAGUUUUCCAUUGCUGGACAAAAUACACCCUUUCCCUAUGUACCUGACCAAAAGUCGUUUCUCCAAUUGAAUCUUACAUCUAAACCUACAUUCUUCGGAUGCAAUGCCAGUAACCUUACAUCGUUAACUCCCAAUGUUUUUGAUGUCCCACUUGUUAUUUAUGUUGCCAAUAAGCCAUAUUCAUUUCCUUCCAAUACUUCUACCUUCAAGUUGCUGUAUAAUUUAUCGGAUAGAAACGCCAUGAUUAGGAAUGGCUUUGAAAUUGCUUCGAGGUUGAAUGGUACGUUGGAUGCCGAAUGGAAUGCGUGUGUGGGGUGUGCAAUAAUUAGAAGAGAACAAGAGAGGUUGGGUCAAGAACAAACAGAGCAGUGUAAGCGUUGUUUUGAAAAAUAUUGCUGGGAUGGAGGUAUAGUGAAGUAG